CACCGGAAGCAAUGCUAGUGCCGGUGCUCAACAUUAUGCUUCACCCGUCGCAUCCGCUGUUCUAGUUUAUGAAUCUGUUGCUGGAUAUGAUUUGACAUGAGCGGAAGAAGGAGAGCAAAACCCAACAGGGGUGGAGGACGCUUUAAUAAGGGUGGUGGUGGUGGAGGUGGAGGUGGAGGAGGAGGAGGAAGGAAAGCAUUCAGUGGCCUGGAUGAUGAUGAUGAUUUUUCUCUGAAUCUUGGACCAAGUCGCGCCACCAAACCUCCCUCUAGAGGAAGAGGACGAGGGGCUUUUACAAGUAGAGGCCAUGGGGGCAGUAGAGGAAGGGGACGGGGCAGCUUCCAGGGUUUUCCCAGAGAUGGCUCGAGACAGGGUGAGGAAGGACGAGAUCAGGGUAGACCUGAAAGGUACAAGCUGCCACUACAGAAGAUACACAUGACAUCAGAAAACCGGCUACAAGUAAAGGAAUUACUGAAAGAACUUCAGAGUCAGGAAUAUAAUACUCCAAACAGUGGCUCAGAAGAUGAGGGAGAGGAAGAAGAGGAGGAAGAGUAUGAUGAGUUGGACCAUCGUGAGGAAGGUCAGUUCUGGCUCACUCAGGACGAUGGUGUCGGGAGCGCAGAAGAAGGUGUCUGCGAAGAAGACAAUGAGGAAGAAACGUCUGUCAAACCAGAACCUGUUGUUUCCCUCUUUGCCUUAGGCACGCUCUGCAGGUAUGGUUUUGACCGUGAACGUAGCAGGCGAGCUCUGGAAGCCGCAGAGAGAUUUGGGAAAGGGGAAGUCGGCGCCACACUGGAGUUCCUUCUCUCUCAAAUGUUCACUGAGCGUUUUGGCUCGACUGCUCUCGAUAUUCAGGUGCCAGACCCGCCAUCAUAUGAGGAAUGCAUUGCCAUGCGCCAGGAGGAGGCUGUUGCUUUAACCGCCAUCUAUGGAGAGCGCUUCUGUGAAAGAAUCAGUGACCGUGUCUGGACCAUUCAUCUGGAUCUGCUGUGGAUGACCGAGCAUUGUAGUAAGACCUCAAAGCUGACUAAGAAAGGCCAAGUGAGAGAGUCUUCAUCCACUCAGGUGUGUAAAUUCUACUUAAAGGGAGCAGGAUGUAAGUUUGGAAAGCACUGCCAUUUCAAACACCAAAGACCAACUGAUUCGAGCCAUCACAGAGACCUGUGUGGGCUAAGCCAGCCUGGCUUUAGUAGUACUGACUGCCCUGUUUACCAGCUGGAGGUCCGCUUUCCUCAGGAAAGCCGCUACCCCUUUCAGCCACCGUUAGUUGCCUUCAGUACCACGGAUGAAGCGAUCUCUAGAGCAGGACGACUUAAUGUGACAGAAUAUCUUUUUGGCCAAGCCCUUUCAGCGGCACAAGAGGGCGAACCUGUGGUCUACACCCUCAUCUCUUGUCUUGAGGAUGAUGGACCAGUCAGAGAGCUCCUUUCAGCUUCACAUCACAAAUAUAGUGCUCCACCCCCUGUGUUAGCCCCACCCACUAUUACUGCACCAAGAAUUCGUAGCACCUCGGCCAACAGUACGCCAAACAGUACAUCAGUUUCUUCUUCGCGAUGUACUAACGCAGCACAGAACACCAACCUCACAGUCCUGCAUACAGAAGGAGAUAAUCACAACACAGAAGAUAUCGAAGAUGAGCUGGAUGACGAAGAAGCUGAAGAAAGUGUUCCCAUAGAGAAUGAGAGCUACGUGAACUUUAGAAAGAGGAUGGAGAAAAAAGCUGAGAUAAGAGCUGAAGAGGUGCUGCAAGAGAACAAGAAGCUUUCUAGAGAUUUCAGGAAAAAAACGUCUUCCAGGCGCUAUACGUCAAUGCAGGAGCAGAGGGCAAAGCUGCCUGUGUGGGAGAAAAAACACAACAUUCUAGAUGCUCUGGAGAAGAAUCAGGUUCUUGUGAUCAGUGGGAUGACUGGGUGUGGGAAGACAACUCAGAUCCCUCAGUUUAUCCUGGAUGACUCUCUGAAUGGACGAGCAGAGAACGUAGCCAACAUCAUAUGCACUCAGCCUCGCCGGAUCUCUGCAAUCGCCGUGGCAACCAGAGUUGCUCAGGAACGGGCCGAGACUCUAGGCCACUCUACUGGAUACCAGAUCCGUUUGGAGACUGUCAGAUCCUCCUGCACUAGGCUGCUGUUCUGCACUACUGGUGUCUUGUUGCGUAGGCUAGAGGGAGACGCUCAGCUCACUGGAGUCACACACGUCAUAGUGGACGAGGUUCAUGAACGCACAGAGGAAAGUGACUUCCUGUUGCUGGUUCUGAAGGAUCUGAUGAUGCAAAGGUCUGACCUGAAGAUCAUAAUGAUGAGUGCUACUCUCAACGCUGAUCUCUUCUCCCAGUAUUUCCACAAGUGUCCCACCAUCCACAUACCAGGACGUACAUUCCCAGUGGAACAAUUUUUCCUUGAAGAUGCUAUUGCGAUGACCAGGUAUGUAAUAGAGGACCGCAGCCCAUACCGGCGCUUGGCAAAGCAGAAUGGCCCGCCCAAUCAAAGGGCUGGGAAAGCACAGCCUGCAGUGAUGAACAUGGAUGAUGAUGGAUGGUCAUUUAACGUAUUUUUAAAGAAAGAUACAGUCAAAGAUUCCAUACCUGACCAACAACUCAAUGUACAUGAGCUCACACUCCGAUACCCAACUUGCUCAAAAACGGUGGUGAAAACUCUGGCUGCCAUGGACCUGGAUAAAAUCAACAUGGAUCUUGUGGAGAGUCUGCUAGAGUGGAUUGUAAAUAGAGAGCACAGUUAUCCUCCAGGUGCUGUUCUGGUAUUCUUGCCUGGAUUAGCUGAAAUAAAGCAGUUAUAUGAGCAGCUGCAAGCCAAUAGGAUGUUUAACAACAGAAGAGCUAAGAAGUGUGUGGUGUACCCACUUCAUUCCUCUCUGUCAAAUGAGGAGCAGCAGGCAGUGUUUACAAGGCCACCAGAGGGUGUGACCAAAAUCAUCAUCUCUACUAAUAUUGCAGAGACAUCAGUGACCAUUGAUGAUGUAGUGUACGUCAUUGACUCUGGCAGAAUGAAAGAGAAGAGGUACGAUGCCAGUCGCAGUAUGGAAAGUUUGGAGGAUGUGUGGGUGUCUCGUGCUAACGCUUUGCAGAGGAAAGGCCGAGCCGGCCGUGUGGCCUCUGGAGUCUGCUUCCAUCUGUUCACCAGCCAUCGCUUCACUCACCACCUGAGCCAGCAGCAGCUGCCUGAGAUCCAGAGAGUGCCACUGGAGCAGCUCUGCCUCAGGGUUAAAGUAUUGGAGAUGUUCUCCAAGACUCCUCUGCACUCUGUGUUUUCACGGCUUAUAGAACCUCCAGCACAGGGCAGUCUGGAGGCAGCUAAGCAAAGACUCUCUGCUCUUGGUGCACUUACUGAAGCUGAGUGCCUCACUCCUCUUGGUUGGCAUCUCGCCUGCCUACCAGUGGAUGUGCGCAUUGGAAAGUUGAUGCUGCUGGGUGCAAUCUUCCGUUGUCUGGACCCAGCCCUCACCAUCGCCGCUAGCCUUGCCUUCAAGAGCCCAUUUGUCUCCCCAUGGGAUAAACGUGAGGAGGCUAAUGAGAGAAAACUGAGUUUUUCUCUCGCCAACAGUGACCAUCUUGCUCUGCUACAGGCAUAUAAGGGUUGGUGUACUGCAGCACAGAAUGGUUCACAGGCUGGCUAUGGUUACUGCAGAGAGAACUUCCUGUCUAUCCGGGGACUACAGGAAAUAGCAUGUCUGAAGAGGCAGUUUGCAGAGCUCCUUUCUGAUAUCGGCUUUGUAAAGGAGGGACUGAAGGUCAGAACCAUAGAAAGGAUGAGCUCUAAAGGAACAGAUGGUGUGCUGGAGGCUACAGGCUAUGAGGCAAAUCUAAACUCUGAUAACACAAAGCUGAUGUCAGCAAUGUUGUGUGCAGCCCUCUACCCCAAUGUUGUCCAGGUGCGAGCUCCACAGGGGAAGUAUAAGCUGACAAGCAAAGGGGCUGUGAAGAUGCAGCCAAAAGCUGAGGAACUCCGCUUCCUCACUAAAAACGAUGGGGCAGUUCACAUCCAUCCUUCCUCCGUCAACUUCAUGGUGCGUCAUUAUGACAGUCCAUACCUGGUUUACCACGAGAAAGUGAAGACCAGCCGUGUGUUUAUCCGGGACUGCAGUAUGGUCUGUGUGUAUCCCAUGGUGCUGUUCGGUGGGGGGCAGGUCAAUGUGGAGCUACAACGUGGCGAAUUCAUCAUCUCUCUGGAUGACGGCUGGAUUCGAUUCACUGCUGCCUCACAUGAAGUUGCUGAGCUGGUGAAGGAGCUGCGCUGGGAGCUCGACCAGCUCCUGGAGGAGAAAAUCAAGAAUCCGAGCAUGGACUUGAUCACCUGCCCACGAGGCUCCCGCAUCAUACACACCAUAGUAUCUCUUAUCUCAACACAGUAA